AUGUGGGCAGCGCUGCCACCUGUUGUGUCGGUGGUCACCGCUGCUGAGGAGCUCGCCGGCGUGUCUAUGGCGGCGCACACGUCUGGCAUGAUGUGUGAGUCUAACAGCGGCAGCUGCCCGCCGGCCGCCGUGGCCCCUACACGCUGUAGCAGACCAACCACGCUUGGUGCGUCCUCUGCAAUGAAACAUCACCAUGCAAGCCCACUCCCCAACGAGCAUCGUGCGCCGUUAAACGGCUCGCAGUGCGGUCACUGCAGUAGGACCGCGCUCCCGCCGUCCGAGGUCGGCGACGGCGCUGCCUGUGAGACCGCCGCACCACUGACGGCGGUAGCAACGGGUGGUGGCGGGAGUCAGCAGGCGCAUCCGGGCCCCCACGCUGCACCGCUGUCGCUGCAGCAGCCACAUCUUGAGCGCAAUGUUUUUCAACCUCUAGCAUCUCCGCCGACUGUGGCGGCACCGGCCCCAGUAAUGCCGUCGCCGGCGGCGUGCCCCAUUUCGGGGGCGCCGUUUUCUCGACACGCCGUCGCUUCCCCUGGGCAGGACGUGCUCGGCUACAACCCGAGCGGAAGCCCCGUCGCUUCUCCAUCGAUGAGAGUCACCGCAGUCGAUACACGGCCGUCGCCCGGUCUGGGCCCCACAUGGGCAUCUAGCUUUCAUCAGGUGCAGCCGUCUUGCUGCCUCUCCGGGUCACCUUUGAGUCUUGCGGCAGCGGGGAGCCCUGCCGGUGGCACGGCGUGCGCAUCCACAAUGAUGUCGCCCUCUGCAGCAUUGUACGUUGCCCCAAAGUCAACACCACCGACCAGCAGCGGCGCUGCGCUGCCACUGCUGAGGCCCGCACCGACUGCGACAGCCCACGACUCCACGGCUGCGCACACGGCUGUGAAUUUCUUUCAAGAGCGGGAUGGCGUUCCACUGACCGCGUCCGCGGCGACGACCGCGGCGGACCAGGUUGGCGCGCCGUCGUGGGCGGUAGCUGAUUGCCAGGCUCAGAAUCAUCAGGUGCCCGCACCUCUCGCUUGUCUGUCCCACCCCACCACGCCUGUGUCUGCGCUCACGCUGACGCCACACGCUUCCUCUAUCGCUAGUCGCGGCGCUCUUAGACACUCAUUAUCUCCUGUUACCUCUGCAUUGAGCCCGGGAAGGGGCGCGGGCAGUCUGGGCAGCGCUGGUAACGUUAUCCGAGCGCCAUCGUUUAAGACGCCUGCCUGCGUCAGCGGUGCGCCUCCACGGCACUCAAGCGAAGGCGCGCCCCUUCGCAGUCUGUAUGCAGUACAGUCAUCGGCGUGGGAGGUGGGCGGCGCGUCGUCCAACACCAGCGGGACGGCAUUCGCGGCCGCCACUUCUGGGGGCAUGAGAGUGUCGUCCCCGAAAACAUCACCGCAACCGCAGCACAUCACCUUCGCCCAGCUGGGCAACAGUGGCAGCGCCGGUGCCGGCGUUAGUGAUGCGGGUCACGGGCACUUUCAGGCACCGGCCCCAACGCAGUUCUCACGGGUGCUCGACCCCCCAACCCCGAGGGAGCAUCCACACCCGGGAGGCGGCGCGGAGAGAGCCAACGUCGGUGCCGGGUCGCCGCGGAAGGUGCUAGACGGAUCCGUCUGCUCCGCCACGCUGCCGAAUCACAACCACAGCUUUUACAUGGGCACUGCCGGUAACGACAAUCUGAGUCGUGGCUUCUUGUUUCCCUUAACUUCAUCAUGUGGCGCAGCAGUAGCAGCCGACGGCGUGGAGGACGCAUCCGUGAUGAGCGCUGGCGGAGGUGGGCCAACUCCCGCGGCAAUGUUCCACGUGCAUUCCCCAAGCGUUGCAUGGGGUCGACCUGCCGGUCAGACGACCCCGCCUAUGGCUCCCGUCGGCAGCAAUGGUGUCGCUGCCUACGGUGUGAGCGACCCCGGGCCCUCCUCGGAGGCCACCUCCAUCCUGGCGGACACCUACCGCUCGCUGACGCUGUUCGAACUACCGCCUCUUCAGUACGCUUCACAGCUACUGCAGGGGCAGCCACCGUCACAUCAGCCGCACCCCCGGCUGCAGCAACCACCACAAGUCCCACCCACGCCAGCGGCGACAACGCUGCCGUGGCCAGAGCCUCAUCAAACCAUCCUUUGCCGGAGUCCUCAAAUGCCUUCGCUCAAUGAGGCGCUGGCGGGCCUCACACAGCCGCUGAACGUGUCCCGCGCGUCAGCCAUGGGCAGGUGCAGCAGCCUCAACCAGUCCCCAUCCCCGCAGCAGUUAUCCACCGGCCAUUCCCGAUCUCUGUCCGUGAAUGGGGCGGCUGCUGCGGAGGCGAGUCGUAACGCGGGCGUCGCAAGCUCGUCCUUUAUCUCCCCCACCCUGGCAAACUUGAAGUGGCAAUGUAGAUUUGAGGAGUCUCUAUCUGGCACCGAAAACGCAAUCGAACUCCCAGAUAGUAGCGAGCAAGUGACAGGAUGCAGGGCUUCUGCUCCUGCCACCGGUGAUGGGCGUGGUAGUGCCAGUUCGAGGCCGUCGUUGUCCAUGUCUGAUGCGAAGCCGGCACCUCGGCCCGCGUACAUCGUCGAGUGGGAGCAGAGCCUCAUCGCCUUCCAGAGUCGCGCGGAAAGCUACUACACUUUCAAAAAUAGUUGCACCGAGGCGUAUUUGACGCUCAUCGAGCACAACGUCGACCGCUUCCUCGUAUGCUACUUCAGCGGUGGCGUUAUCAAGCCCGAGAGAUCGCUGCAGGAGGCGCUGGCGAGCCGCGCUGGGGCCGUAGCCAAUACAUCAACUCAUCUCUUCGGCGGCACCGGCGCAGGCAACUUGGAUGCGAAGAGACCAGGUGGCCAUGUGGCCAGUGGUGCUGGCAUUCAGAAAAUGCUGCAGGGCAGCAGGGCACUCCAGCGGCUGAGCGAGACCGGGUCGAAGUGGCUGACGAAGAUAGGCGUCAACCUGCGGCGGACGACCGCGACUCCGGCGCCGGUGUUCAGCGAGCCGCAGACGGUGCUGAUGAACGCUGACCCUGCCCACCGGGCCACACCUGCCUUUGCCAGCACAGUCGCUUCUCCGCUGCGGAGCAUGGGAGCGGGCUCCCCGGACUGCCGGACCACGCCGAUGACCAUUGGUGCUGCGGGAGCGGCAACUGCAGCGGUAGAGAGUGGGGUACUGGAGCCCACCUACACAAGUCUGUGCGCCGCCGAUCCGUUUGGUGCGAGCUUGACCCCGAGCGCCGCUCCAGGACCGCUGCCCCCGCCCGCAACUCACGACUCGUUCUCGUCGGCUAGCACAAGUCCGUUGCCUUUGUCACCCACAUUGCCACACAUCGGUGCGACAAAGGCGGCGGGCACCGGUGCUGUCACGAUGGCCGCGGCGUUUCCGGCGCGGGUUUCUGCCGAGGAGGCAGAGCUGCAUUGUCUGCGCCGACUCGGCCCUUACGUGGCCAACGUGGUCCCAGAGACGUUCAUGGACGCGCGACCGAGCGACGGCGUUCUGGACCAGGUGCGCUGCAACUACGCUAUUCUUCUGCACACGCUGCAGCACGUCUUGCUCGAUGCCAACGGUAGCGGUGGGCGGGUCGCUGACGCCUCCUCGCCUUUCGCGGACAGCACUCCGCCGUCGCCGACUCCGUUCACUGGGCCGGUAGGUUCCCCAGGCCGCACAGGGAUGGAUUGGCUCGUUUCUCAGCGCAUUCGCCAAGGGCUACUGCUGCCCACCAUUCAGGCCACCUGGCGGGACUACUUAACCCCUCUUAAGGGCAAGGUGCAGGAGCUGACGCAGAUCGCGAAGAUGAGCAUUGACCCGAUCCUCGAGGGCCUGCAAACACCGCGUGGCGCGGGUGCCACCGGUGGUGCUGCAGCGGUGCCACUGAUGGCACCAGCGAGCCCCUGCCCAGUCCUGCGGCAUGACUCGACGGCCGCCGCCACUCCCUUCACGAAAGAGGUAAGUGCUUCUUUCGUUGCAAUGACGGACGCAGAACGAGCCGCUCGCGAAGCCCUGCGAGCAUCGUGGGAAGGCCCUAUAAGUCGACUGAUCCGGCUUCUCCGCGGCGACGAGGAGUAUCUCGUUACCAUACAGACGAUGGAUACCGAGUUUGUCGAGAGUGGAGCGGCGUGGCAGGAGAGUAGUGCACAACUGCGGUUGCGCGGUGCGGCACUCAGCGACCACGUGCCCGUGUACGGGCUAGUGCUCUCGCGGCUCCAUCGACUAGAGAUGGAGCACCGCACCGUGCUGGAGCUGUGGGGCGGCGGUGCAGCCACCGCAGCCGGUGCGCAACACUGCCUGUACGCAUAG